AUGCGACAGGCUUUAGAAGACCAUUUUUUGAAGAUCGUGGAGCAUCAAGCAGUGCUUGGUAUUCAGGGGGAACGUCUGCUGCGUCUCGCAGCCACGCAUCACGAAGUUGAAACUGGCAACACCGACAAGUGCAGUGGCAAUCCCACGCACGCUGGUGGAAGCAGCAGCAACUCUAGCAGCCGCAGGAGGCAGAGUAUGGACUGCAUGGCUGACGGAAGCAAAUACAGCAGCAGCGAAUGCAGCACUAGACCGUAUCCGACAUCAGCAGCUGCCUGUGGUGGUGGGGGGCAGGCCUUGAUGUCGCAGCUGGCAGGAACGGUGGAUUCUACAGCAACCUCGACGGCAGACGUUCAAGGAUCUGGAGCACGCUCAACGUCCACCCCUUCUCACGGCAGGCUCAAUCCAACCGCAGCAGCUCAUGCGGCUACGUCUGCAGGGGUAGCAGCAGCGAUAGCGGCAGAAGCAGCAGCAGCCGCCACGGAGGCAAUGGCCACUCGUGCGACUCUGUAUGCUCAGACGCUUGGAAGGCCUGGGGAGGACUUGCAAGCUGCUCGAUGCCGUACAAACAUGCCGUUUCAGCCCCCAGCGCCUGCGUUGCAUGACGAAAUAUUACAGGGCAUUUGUGAUGCACAUUGUGGAUCCCCAAGAUCAAGUGGAGGCUUUGCAAGAGCUAGAAGCGCAGCAACGGCUACAGGAGAGCUUGCUGGAGGCUCUGCGGGAGCUGUCUGCAAAGACGGAGGAUUUGCUAUGUCAGUAUCCUGA